CGUACCAGCUGUUAAAAGUGUCCCCACUGUGAUUAAGCUUUAAAAUAGUUGUAAAAAGUAACACUCUUUGUAGUCCGGCAUGCCUUGGCUCCGGCUUCUCCCAUUACUUAAGUUUCCGUGCCGCCUCAGCUCCCCCAUCUCCAGUGAAGCGUGGGCGCUCGUGCCAGCAUAUGGCCGCUGCCACACAAAGGGAGCCGGAGGCCGCCAGCGCUACGCCUCCACCCGUCUUUCAUUACCUUUCUAUCUCGCUGGCUCUGACCCCCGCCUUUCUCCCCAAAGGCCCUGCUGGCCAGCUGGCUGCCGCUCGAGUGUCGCUUUCCUGGCUCGGGAGCGGGCAGCGAGCACACGAGCCUGUGUUAUUAUAUUGGAGCAGUGCGUGUGAGAGCGUGAUGACGGCUUUGUGGGAUACGAUGAGUUCCAGGGAGCCGGUUCCCGCGGGCGCCAUAGCCUACUGAGCCAGGGAUGGUGCUCCACCGGGCCAUCCGGGCGGCCCGGGACGGAGACCUCGCUGCCCUGAGGGACCUGGCCUCCUCCGGGAAGCUCUCCGCGGCCGUCGCCGACGCUCAGGGCGCCGGGCCGGUGCACCACGCCGCCAGGUGUGGCCGCCUGGACUGCCUGAAGUUCCUGGUGAAUGAGGUGGGCCUGCCGGCUGACCCCCGGGCCUUGAACAGGGCCACGCCGGCCCACGACGCAGCCGCCACCGGAAACACCCGGGAGCUCCGGUGGCUGGUGGAUGAAGGAGGCUGCAGCAUCGAGGACAGAGACGCCGCCGGCGCCACCGCCCUUCACCUGGCAGCUCGGUUUGCUCGUGUGGAGGCCAUCACGUGGCUGCUGUCUGCCGGGGGGCGGGCCGGCGUGGAGACCAACUGCGGAGCCGUGCCGGCUCACUACGCCGCAGCCAAUGGGGACCUGGCCUGCCUGAAGCUGCUCAUCCAGGGGGCGCCGGGGAGCGUGAACCACCAGACAGCCCUGGGCGCCACGCCGCUCUACCUGGCCUGCCAGGAAGGACACCUCAGCGCGGCGGAGUACCUGGUGAAGGACUGCGGGGCCGACGUCCACCUGAGAGCCGACGACGGCAUGACGUGCCUGCACGCCGCGGCCCACAUGGGCCAGCAAGCCGUGGUGGUGUGGCUGGCGACCUGCACUGACGUGAACUUGUCCUGCCAGGACAGAGACGGCUCCACGGCUCUGCACUUUGCUGCCAGCAGGGGGCACUGUUGCAUCUUGAAGCAGCUGCUUCACAUGGGUUCAAAGGUCAUCAAGGACUACUGGGGAGGGACACCGCUUCAUGAUGCUGCAGAGAAUGGAGAAUUGGAGUGCUGUAAAAUCCUGCUGGCCAAUCAAGCCGAUCCCUCAGAGCAGGACGCGGACGGCUUCACGGCGGCGGACCUGGCAGAGUACAGCGGUCACUCCUCAUGUGCCAGAUACCUCCGUGUGAUGGAGAGAAACACAUCCUGUGCAGAUAAGCCCAUCGAGGUCGUUGCUCCAACCAAGGAGGAGGUGAAGGUGAGCCUGACGGUGUUAUUACAGCCCAGAAAGGAGGAGGACUAUUACGAGGGCCUGACGGACACAUGUGAGCAGAGUCGGGACGCCAACACGAACAUGGACAGUCUAAAGCAGCCGGAGAGUGAGGAGAACCCACAGGCCCGAUACCCCCAGGCGCCUGCCGGUCCUUCCAGUUCGCCUGGCCCAGCUCAGUCCGACAGGUCCACCGUCCACAGAAUAGAGCAGGUUCAAGUCGCAACAUCUGUGAUUAAAGGUUUCAGUCAGCCCAAGGCUGCUGGGACUGAGACGGCGCCCCCCGAUGGAAGCCUCAUGCCUGAGAAAAAACUCCUGGGUGACAUGAAGUCCAUCACGUCUCUGAAACAGUCGGGAAUAUCGGGAGUCUUCACCGGCCAGCCGCAGAGUAAGAUGGUGGUCCUGCCCACCGAAGAGGCCAACCUGUCGGACAUCGACUAUCUGGUGCCCACCCAUGACGACAGAGGCCGGCCCAUCGCCGAGUGGAAGAGGCAGGUCAUGGUGAGGCAGCUGCAGGCCAGGCUCCUGGAUGAGGAGGCUCAGAGGAGGAAGGAAAAUGGGAACCGAUAUGCCAAAGUCAGCUGGAGGUACUCCCAAGCCCACAAUGCCAUCCUGGGGCCCUCUGGUGAGCUGCUGACUGAGGAUGAUCUCAUCUAUCUGGAGCAGCAGAUCGCCAGCGUCUCCCUGCAGAGGAACUGUGAAAGCUACGAGCUGGAGCUGGCCCGGCUGGCCGAGGAGCUCCGCCACAUCCUGCCGGCCCCCAUCGUCAACAUCACGGUCAACACGCAGUUCCGGAACUUCCCCAGUCAGGUCCCUCUACCUGUGUGGUGCGGCCGCAUCUCGGGCAUCGUGAAGAGCAUGUCUCUGCUCAUGAGCAACCUGACGGACCAGCCGUACUGCAAGAUGCCCAACACUGACCUGAUCACGGUGUUUUCCCAAACCCCGGAGAGGCAGACCUCCACCAGGGGACGCAUGGAGAGGAUAGAAGAUGAGAUCCAUCAGUUCGGCGUGUCGGUGAGGACUCUGAAGUCGAACUUCGAGAGCCAGGGCUCGUCUCUGUGUGUGGAGCCGGAGGAGGCGGUGGUGCUGAGCUGUCCUGUGCAGCUUCGGGAUGCUGAGUCAGAGGAGCCGCCCGAGGCUCUGGAUCCAGCCCCGGAAACUGAUCGGAACAGUGACUCCGGCAUUGAUUACGAUGAAAAUGUUGCAGAUGUUCUGGAGACCACCAGCCUCAGGAAGGAGCGUAUAGUCGUCCUGUUCUUAGGUCACUGGAAGAAGUCGGCCUACACUGUGGCGCUGAAGAGCCGAGACGCCGCCGAGAGGAAGAUGAGCGUCGCCAGCCCGGGGAUGGACGACAGACCUGAGUCUGGCCAUAGGGGCAGCGUGGAGACCGCCCAGUCCAAGAUGAUGAACAGCUCCCUGGGACAUUUCUUCAAGCAGAGGAGUGCUGUCAACAAGAUGCUGGGGAACUGGAGGAGCAUGAUCUCCAGCGUUCCCUCCAGACAGAUACGCAGGCUCCACAGACAGAAGGCCCUCUACUCUCCAGAGCAGUUCUUGCCUCGUUUGGACGGCGUGCCCAUAGAGUACGACAACCUGACCCUGGACCUCUUCAUGCUGGGAUACUUUCACAUCCUGGAGCUGGAGCUGCCGGUGGACGAGCGCAAGAUGAGGCACCUGCUGUGUUUCGAGGUGUUUGACCACGUCGGCAGCUUCCCCUGGGAGAUGGUCAGGGACUUUCACAAGGCCGUCAUCCAGGACAUCGAGGCUGGGAACCGCGAGUGGAGGGACGGCUUCGAGGACAUUAAGGUUAAAUUCUUUGGCAACACCCCGAGUCAGUCGGACUGCAGUUUGGAAGUGGUGAAACACAGCCUUCCAGAAGUCCGACAGGUCCCUAAAGUCAUCGUGCAGACCCCCACGCCCGACGAGGGCGUGCUCUGCCGAGGAACGGAUAUCAGCAGCUUCAGCAACGAGGAAAUCUGUAAAUACAUCGACCGCAGCUUCGCUUUCUGGAAAGAGAAAGAGGCUGAGAUUUUUGAUUUUGAAUAGUUUGUACGGAGGGUUUGUUUGCUUUCUAAUCAGGGCUGGGCGUCAAAUCUGAACUUUAAAAAUCAUAAUACUGUAUGAAGAAGCUGAAAGUUCACUCAUUGAAUCUGAUUUUCUAGUCUUAUUUGAAUAUUGUUUUGUUUUAUUUUAUACUAUUUAUGUUUACAAACUAAAUUUCAGUGAGUUCCAAAAUUUGAGAUUUUUAAAACAUUUGUAUAAAAAGCAAAAAUUGAAAAAACACAUAUAAGAGAAUAUGUUUACAGUAAUACAACACUGAGAUGUGUGACCUUAUCAAAGCUCAGGGUUUAAAUUGGCAAAUCCAACCGUCUUUUCCGAACCACUCCCAGCCCUUUAGAGUGAUUUUGAAGUGUUUUUUUUUUCCAGAGUUUUUAGUUUGUGUUGAAAAGAUCAAAUUUAUUAUAUGAAAGAUUAAACAGACGCAAGAUGAAAAACCGAAAUAUUGACAAAGUCUGUGAUAAAGACAUGUUUAGAUUUUUAGAGUCCAGACUCUUAAAAAUCAAAGAAUUUGUGUUUUUAAAGUAGAACUUCUUGAGAAAAGUUUUUUUUCUUCAGUCUAAAUGUUUGACAGUGUUUUAUUUUUGAAUUUUUUAAAUUUGCUUUUUAGUUUUAUUGAUAUUUCCUAACAUAACAUCUUUCUGGUGUGUUUUUGCCUUUAAAUGAGGCCCCAGGCCCCAUCAGA